CGCGCUUUCUGCCCCAGUACGGGGGCCACGCCCUACAGUGUGCGUAUAAAAGACGGCGCGCUUGGCUGCGGCCGGACUUGUACGCAACCGUCAACGUUAACCGCAACCAUGAACACGCUCACACUCGUCGCCUUCUUCGGCCUCGUUGCCGUCGCCCUUGGUGGGUAUGUCGCAGCUCCAGUGGCUGUUGGCUACGGCCACGGCUACGGCCACGGCUACGGCGGCUAUGGUCUUGGAUACGGUCACGGCUACGGCUAUGGCGGCUACGGAUACGGCGGCCAUGGAUACGGUCACGGACCCUUCGCCAUUACCACAGUCACCAAGACUGCCCACGUCGCUCCUGCCCGCGCUGUGGCUGUCGGCUAUGGACACGGCUAUGGUCUCGGCUACGGACACGGUCUUGGCUAUGGCUAUGGUGGUCUUGGUCAUGGUGGCGUCGUGAAGGCUGUAGGCCUCGGCUAUGGCCACGGAUUUGGCUAUGGUCAUGGAUACGGAUAUCAUGGUUGAAUCAGCAGUAAUUAUCAGGAGAAUGCUUCACCGAGCCAACGGAGCAGGCAAAAAAGCCAUGUCGCGCAACAAGUGGGACCUCAAAAAUAAACAACUUUAUUUAUUUACAGA